AUGACCAAACCAAAUUUAUUAGCAUCCUGUUGCAAGGUCAAACAAGAACCAGAAAUUGAUGAUGUUGUUAAUUGUAAAGAAUCUAACUCCCACUCCGAAUCCAAUCCAAAAACAGUGCUUCCACCUGCAUUUGUAGAAGAGAUAAACGUCAUGCCAAAACACUUUGAACACAGCAUGAGUACCAUCCUUGCUCACAUUACACCAAAAAAGUGUUCUCUGAAAGAAAUUCUCUCUAAAACUCCAUGUGAAAUUGGCCCCCGUUGA